CAACGGUACAUUCUUGAGUUAUCGUUUUGACAACCGUACCAUGGCACAUCUACAGAUUAAAGAAGGUGAAUUUACAUCGACAAUUUACGGAUUUGUAAGUCAAAUUGUUUUAAAGUAAAUGUGAGUUUUAUAAGUCUAACAUGAAAUGGAAUUUGUGUUAUUUAAAUUAUUAUAAAACCAAUAAGUUAACAAGAGCCAUAUAAUUUUGAAUAAUAUUAAAAUUAACAGUUGUGACAUUCAUUCAUUUUCAUAAUUAUAAUUCAUUAAUCAUUAUUCAUUAUUUAUUUAUUAUUAUCAUUAUCAUUCAAUCAAUAUCAAUUAUUAGUUAUCAUCAUCCAUCCAUCCACUCAUCAUUCAAAUAACUUCAUUAUCCUUUUAUCAAUAUAAAAAAUCAUGAAAAAAAAUUGAGUAGGCCUACUGCUGCUAGCAUAAUCAUUUUAAUUAAUUAUUUACUAUUUCAUUCACAUUGAAAUAUCAUUAGAUCUAAGUGUUAAGUUGCGUAAGAUUGCAAUAUAAUUGAAUAUAGUCCUCAAAAGUUUCAUAUCUUUCUGCUUAUAUUAAACACAUACCUUUCAAAUGUCUCAUUUUUCCUUCCCUCAACCUCGAAAUGGUCAUCAAAUGCAUUAUGACGUCCUGUGUACUGUGUUUUUCUUUGAGUUUUGAGAGGCAAGCCAGUGUAAUAGUCAAUCCCUCUGGUCCUAUGGUAUUUAGGAAUAUAGCUUUUUUAUAUUCCUCAUCCCCUGUGUUGAUCUCUGCUACAAUGCAAUAGUUCAUCCACAUUUGUUUCCAGUUUCUAUUCCUCACACCCUUUCUUCACAUGUAAAGAAGAAGGGGGGGGGGGGGAUGGCCUCUAGCCUUAUAAAAACUUCUUUCUGCCAUAGUCUCAGUUGGCUGCUACCAUGUUAUAUUAGUAAUAUUAUGACUAACACUCCAUGAAAACUAACACUUCUGUUCAGCUGGGUUUCUAUAUCUUUAAUGAAUUUAUUACAAGCAAGGUCAAGUUACUUGACUUCUCAACUCACGAAAUCACGGGCCUCACGCAUUGACACAAAGGGACGCAACUUAAAACUACAUUAACAGUGAUAUCAAAGGGGCCAUCCAUAUAUGACGUCACACGUCGGGGGGGGGGGGGGGGGUUCAGAUUUUUGAGACGAGGUGUGAUGAGGGGGGGCUCAAGCCAUGUGACGUCACAUGAAAAGCAGAAUGUUAUAGUAAAGAAUUUCAUUUAAUAACACUAAAUUACAGACAUUUUUAAUAUUAUUUAAAAAAACAACAAUUAUAAUUAUUUUAUUUUACAACUACUAUCACUGACAGAAUCAGGUAGGAAUGCGAGGUCCGAAGAAUGGCCUUUGAUCAAGUUACAGGACGCCCAGUAGUAGGAGAAUCGGAAUGUAGUUAAAAUGACAGUCGUGAGAAUUUAUGGCUAAAUCUGAACGCGGGAAGUGGAAUGGAGCGGGAAAAAGAGAUUGACCGCGGGGUGGGGGGUAUCUUAGUAAAUGCUCUAGGGCAGGGAUUCUUAACCUUUUUUGCAGCGUUGCAGGCCCACAUCCCUCCCCAAUCAUAUAAAUUACAUUGUAAUAAAAUGUAAAAUAAUUAAAUAAUUUAGUUAUCGUAGAUUUUAUUUCUUUAAUUAACUUUUUAUAAACAGGAGAAAAAAUACCAAUACACAAAAUGUGCCAAUGAAAUUCGCCAUUGACUCUUGCUAAUCAAAAUUCAUAAAAACUGUAAUUUUUUUAAAAAAGCAAUUGCAGUUGCAGCAAAUAGAAUCAAUGGCGUAGUUAGGGUUGGUGUCACCCAGUCCGGUAAGCUCGUGGUGUCAACCCCUCCCCUUUUUUACGAUGUAUUUCUGCUUGUUAAACUUAGUCCACAGUAUAAGAAAUACAAGAACAAAAACAAAUUAAUUGAAGGUCAGGGGGUAAAUGUAUUUAAGAACUGCAACGCUCUUUGAAUCGCCCAUUGUUGUCAAAGGAUCGUUGCAUUUAUCAGAGUUUAGAUACAAAUAACUUUCGGUCACUUAUAAAAGUUACCGAAUACUUAAUUCGGCGUUGAAACAUGGUCAAAGCGGUGUGUUUCUGACUUGAUAAUAUGGUAACCUAAAUGCUGACCCAUCAACCUUGACAUUUUAAUAUUAACGAAACACACAUUUUGAUUGGUUAUAUGGGUGGAAAAUGUACGUGUCAUCUGUUACCCUUUUAUGAAUUUCGGCUAGACUGAUUAGUGUGUGCUCUGUAAUUACGCUAUCUUUCAAUUUGGUGUCACCCCCUGAGAUGGUGUCUGCCGGUUUGGUCAGCCCUCCCCAGCUACGCCACUGAAUACAACUUUUUGGUCUUCCACACCUCAAGGCUGGGGAGGUAGUUGUACCCCUUGUUAAGAACCACUGAUCUGGUGAAAUGUUUCUGACAUGGGUGCAGUAAUUUGAUAUUCAUGGGAGGCGAAUUUCUUAAGGGUUUGUAAAGGACAGUAGUGAACAUAGGGGCUUUUUAUAGGAGGGUGGGAUGCAGAGGUUUGUGACGUUAUAUUGGAGGGGGGGGCGUCUAACUUUUUGUGACGAUGGGGGGGUAAAAAAUUGGCAAAAUUUGUGUGAUGUCAUUUAUGGAUGGCUCCAAAACACUAGCAUACUCAUAUUCAUUAAUUAUUGUUUCAUUCACAUUGAAAUGUCAUUAUUAUCACCAUCAAUUCAAGUCUCUAAUGACAGUAGGCAGAUAUAAAAUUUAUGCUUAGGGCACUUAGGCUAUCUCUAGACAACAUCACAUAUAAUAAAAUAUGCUACGCAGCACAAAGUGGCCAUCCGUAAAUGACAUCACACAAAUUUUGCAGAUUUUUUACCACCCUCCCCCAUCGUCAUAAAACGGUAGACCCUCCCCCCUUAAAAUAUAAUGUCACAAAUCUCUGCACCACCCUCACACCCCCCACCCCCCAAAAAAUAAAAAUAAAAAUUCCUGGUGUUCACUACUGUCCUUUACAAACCCUUAAGAAAUUCACCUCCCAUGGAUAUCAAAUUGCUGCACCUGUGUCAGAAACAUUUCACUAGAAUAAUGGUUCUUAACCAGGGAUAAACCAGCCCUGAGGUGUGGAAGACCAGAAAAUUGUAUUUGCUGCCAUUGCGUGUUGUUGCAGCUUUUCUAAAAAAAAAAUCAACCCAAUUUUUUUGCAUUUUGAUUAGCAGCAGUAAAUGUUUUUCUGGUAAAUUUUGAAAAAGUUAAUAAAAAAUAUAACUAAACUAUUUAAAUAUUUUAACAUUUUGAAUUUUAAAGAGGGCAGCUCUUACACAAAGAUUUUUGGCAAGGCAGCACUUCACCUGCUUAUGUAUUCCACUGAAUUUUGAAUUUACAAUUCAAAUAUUCUAUAACAUAUAUUUUAUUUUAAUGUAACAAAAAGUACAAAAUUAAAGUACUAAUUUUAUUUAAUCAGAUCAAAGAACAGAGAUUCAAUGAAGCUAUCCAGGUGCUCAAUCAUCAGCUUCAAGGGGAAACUAAGGUAUGGAAAUGUUGGUAGAUUUGGUUUUUAAAGUUAUCAAAAUAAUUCUGUAUGAAACAUUCAUUCAUAUUUUCCCACAUUCACUGACUGCUCUUUUGGUGAAUGGUAGGAUUCCUAAUACCUUGGCUUUGAUUAAAAUAUAGCAGAGAUGUUAGAUGUGCCAUUGCAAAAUGCCUCCCAGAGGAGGAAAAGCACAGAGUUUAUGGUGGGUGUGUAAAACUUAUAAAAGUGAGUAGAUAAAAUGAGACAGUGAUUAGCUUAUUACUUAGCCGCUGAACUUGUCCCACCAUAUAUCCCUGAAAAUGUGCAAAUAUUAUUUAUUUGGCAAGUCAUAUAGUCCGAAAUAAGACAUGCACCGUUGAUUAUAAAAAAAAAACCUCGCUAAAAGAGUGAAAAUAAUUCUCAAGAGAACUUUCUGGAAUGGUGGAAUGACUGGACUUCAAAUUUAAAAUGGAUGAUUGCUGAAUUUCUGUCAAAGAAAAAUCAUCUCUCUAAUUUUCAUAACAACCAUUGCAGAUGUGCUACUGUUUUCACAUUUUUCAUAUGCUUGAAAGGCUGAUAAAAACUUUGAGUUGAUUUAUCAAAGAUUGAAGCAAAUAUGAAACAGCUAAAACAAGCUAAAAUAUCGCAUACAUCAAAUUUACAUUAUGGGGUCUGAUAUUACAUUUAAUUAUUUUAUUCACUUUGGACUUAUUUAUUUUUGUGUUAAUUUUAUUCUUUUUGUCAUUGACACUAAUUCAUUAAUUUUGUGUUUAUUUUUUUUUUAUUAUUAACUUUAUGUCACUAAGUAUAAAAUUCUGCUGGCUAGGUUAAUUUUCAUUAUUUUCUCUGAACUGAAUUAUGUUAUACAUGGUUUUAUUUGUAUGGUGCUGCAUCAUUCUAGGAAAGAUUUAAAUAUGUUGUUGGAGAAAAAAGGUUGCUGAACACUGCUGAAUGGCCAUCUAUUGUGAAGCUCUAGGUAUUACAACUUUAGAGGGAUAGUCUGUGGUGCAUAAGGAUUGUAUCCUUCACCCUAGCAAUUUUCUCAUGACCUGUAUCUUCCUGGCAUUUGCGUGGUAUGGCAGUCUUAGAUGUCCCUAUUUAUGCUCUAAGGUCAGAAUCCAUUGUAUUUCCUUGGCUCCCCUUGUGUGGUUUGUAGCAUUACCCAAUUUGUUGCAGAUGAAAAGAGAAUCAGUAAGAAAAUGCACGUCAGCUUCACUUCAGUACUUUCUUGAUACUUUUUGGUGUCAUAUUUGCAAUAUUUCAUCAUAUAUUUUCAAGAGAGUCAAAAAUAUAUAAAAGCUUUUUGCUUUAUCCAAAUUACUUCAGGUAUUGAUUUCAUAUCAUUUUUAAAAAAAGUAAUUUUGUGACAAAAGUGUUUGCUCUACUAACUCUAAGAAUUGUGCUCAGUAAUAACAUUUCAGAUUUCCUGACAACCACUUGGAAAUGUUAUAUUUUGGAGCUGAUGCUUCCUCCUGAUAAAAAAUCUUAACCUUUUGCUGUUGCUGUAAAUCUAAUUUCAGUCAAGAGCAGCUUUGUCUCUGCUUGCCUAUUGUUACUACCAAGUCCAGGACUUUGUCAAUGCCUCUGAUUGCUAUGAACAGCUGGCGUCUCUUCACCCAGAGGUAGAAGAUUACAGACUUUACUAUGCACAGUCUCUCCAUAAAGCAUGUCUCUACCAGGAAGCCAUGAAAGUAGCGUGCCAGAUUGACAGCCCCAAAUAUCAGGGUCAGGUAAUUGACAUAUUUUUAUUUUGUGAUUUUUUUUUAAAUUUCCUGGUAGUCUUCCAGCUUCCGUUUGGAUAUCCUGGUGGUCCUCCAGCUUCUGUUCUGAUGUGCUGUUGGUCCUCCAGCUUUCAUUCUGAUGUGCUUGUGGUCUUCGUGCUUCUGUUUUGAUUUCCUGGCGGUCCUCCAGCUUCCGUUUUGAUUUCCUGGUGGUCUUCCAGCUUCCGUUUUGAUUUCCUGGUGGUCUUCCAGCUUCCGUUUUGAUUUCCUGGUUGUCCUCCAGCUUUCGUUUUGAUUUCCUGGUUGUCCUCCAGCUUCCGUUUUGAUUUCCUGGUUGUCCUCCAGCUUCCAUUUUGAUGUGCUGGUGGUCAUCCUGGUUCCGUUCUGAUGGGCUUGUGGUCCGCUUCUGUAUUGAUUGCUGGUGGUUUUCCAGCCCUCAGAUCAACUGAGAAUACUUAAGACAUUAGUUUUCAAAAUUCUGAUCUACGUGUGGAGGCUUUAGUAGUUGGAUCUCCUCAUGAAUAUCAAUUUUACAAAUGACAGAUUUUCCUUUCUGAGCCUUGGAUUGAUUGCCAUAUGACAGUCCACAUCUGCUGUGACCUUACUCCCUUAGCACUGAAAACUAAGCCUCCACCUUUUGCCACCAAUUGUUAAACAGGGGGGAUUAUAUGGUUUACCAUGGGGAAUAAAAGGUUCUUGGAACAAAACUUCCUAGAUUUCUCUAGAGAUUAAACAGCACCAAAAUCAAGUGCACACAUUCCAUAGUGUCUGAGAAUCAACCAAAUUAGUUCUUUGUGUAGGCCGUUGAAAGCUUCCUUGGAAGUCAACAAAGGCAAUGAAUGCAUUUUAUUCUUGAGUCUGUUCUAGGAUUCGUCACAGGACAAAGAUGUGUUCAAUUUACUAAGAUCCCCCCUUUCCUAAAGCUGGCAUGUUCAGGUCUGUGCUUUUUGGCUGUUGUCAUUCUUUGUUCAGGGAAAUUUCUGGUCUUCUAAUUCUUCCCGCUCUGUUUUCAAUUAUCAGUAUUAAAUAGGGUUGCUAUUUGAUGAAGUUUUAUUGUAGAUCAUGAUUAUUAAAGUGGUUUAAUAUAGUUUGGUACCCCAGCCGAAGGCUGGACUCACAGAGUUCACUUAAAAACUAGCAGAAAGAAAAAAAAAAGAAACAUGACAUUAAAAAACAGUCACGCAAAAUUAUUCUUAUAAAAACAGCUGUGUACAAAUAUUGACCUGCCCACCCAAGUACUAUUGACCCCUGUCUAGUCAUGCACGGCACCCUUCAUCAUCAAGCAUUGUUUAUCGGUCAGAGGGGGGGGGAGAAUGAGUCAGAGGUUGGUAGAAUAUAGAUAAUGUGGGGUUGCUAUUUGAUGAAGUUGUAUUGUAUAUAGUUAAUGUGGGGUUGCAAUUUGAUGAAGUUGUACUGUAUAUAGUUAAUGUGGGGUUGCAAUUUGAUGAAGUUGUACUGUAUAUAAUUAAUGUGGGGUUGCUAUUUGAUGAAGUUGUACUGUAUAUAGUUAAUGUGGGGUUGCAAUUUGAUGAAGUUGUAUUGUAUAUAGUUAAUGUGGGGUUGCUAUUUGAUAAAGGUGUAUUGUAUAUAGUUAAUGUGGGGUUGCUAUUUGAUAAAGGUGUAUUGUAUAUAGUUAAUGUUGGGUUGCAAUUUGAGGAAGUUGUACUGUAUAUAGUUAAUGUGGGGUUGCUAUUUGAUAAAGGUGUAUUGUAUAUAGUUAAUGUGGGGUUGCUAUUUGAUGAAGUUGUACUGUAUAUAGUUAAUGUGGGGUUGCUAUUUGAUGAAGUUGUACUGUAUAUAGUUAAUGUGGGGUUGCAAUUUGAUGAAUUUUAUUAAAUUAAGCUAUGGUAUGUUUUAAUUGUGUGGAAAUGGCAAAUAUUAUUCAAGAAUGUAGCAUUAUCGUUGUAUUGUCAGAUAUUUCUUGUCUCUUUCCAUGUAAAGAACAAAACUUAAUUUCAAUUUUCUAUAUUAUAACCAGAUAACAAAACUUAAUCUCAAGUUUCUAUAUUUUAUCCAGAUAACAAAGCUUCAAGCGGCCAUCAAAUAUGGGGAAGAGGACUUACCAGGGGCAAAGGUAAGUGCUAAAAAUAGUUUCAAGUUUGUAUCAAUUUUCAGACUCAACAAGUGUUAACCUUUUCACAUUUCUCCAAACUCACUGUCAUUAAAAAUAAUGAUUGAAUCAGAACUGAUAAUUUUUUUGGAAAUGUUUUGAGAGUAAAUGUGAAAUGAAUGCAAAGUCCACAUCAGCGUGUUCAUGGCCCACCCCACACAUCUGAAUGUAUUGACUUUUUAAAACUAAAAUGUGAGUUCACAAAUUAAAUGACCCCUGCAAUACCUCUUUGUGUCACUGGACUAGCUCUUUGUGAAACUUGACUAGCUCUUUGUGUCACUGGACUAGCUCUUUGUGUCACUGGACUAGCUCUUUGUGUCACUGGACUAGCCCUUUGUGUCACUGGACUAGUUCUUUGUGUCACUGGAACUAGCUCUUUUUGCAACUGGACUAGCUCUUUGUGUCACUUGACUAGCUCUUUGUGUCACUGGAACUAGCUCUUUGUGUCAAGUGACUAGUUCUUUGUGUCACUGGAACUAGCUCUUUUUGCAACUGGACUAGCUCUUUGUGUCACUUGACUAGCUCUUUGUGUCACUGGAACUAGCUCUUUGUGUCACUUGACUAGCUCUUUUUGCAACUGGACUAGCUCUUUGUGUCACUUGACUAGCUUUUUGUGUCACUGGACUAGCUCUUUGUGUCACUUGACUAGCUCUUUGUGCCACUGGACUAGCUCUUUGUGCCACUGCAAUAAUCUGUUGACAAUUAAAACUAUUAAUUUUUAUAUGAGUUAGUAUUAUCUUAUUUCUGAUCAUUUUUUUAGGGCUUGAUUUGUAAGGAAAUUUAGAAGUAGCUACAUAGGGCUAUAGAAUCACUUACAUGGGGCUAUAGAAUCACUUAAAUAGGACUAUAGAAUCACUUACAUGGGGCUAUAGAAUCGCUUUCAUGGGCUAGUAAUAUUCCAAUUAUAAAAAUAUUUGUUAAAUAAGCCAUGUAUAAAAAUGAAUGAUUUAAUCAUAAUUUAAGAUGUAUGAAUUCAAACUUAUGGUAUGAAAUUGAUAUUUUCAGAGCUUGGUAGAACAGUGUCCAGCUGAUGACCCAGAUACUGAGAUCAACUUUGGAUGUCUACUUUAUAAGGUUAUUUCUAUGUUUAUUUAACUUGAAAAGAUAUGAAACUGAUGACAUAUAUACCAAAUAACUGAAAUUAAUGUCUGUGUGUGGUCUGCUGAACCAGUCUGUUUGGUCUGUACUAUUUGUCUGUGUAUAAUGCUGUACCAGUCUGUGCCAUCGGCUGUAUCAGUUGACCUGCAAACUGAAAAAUGUAUUGUGUAUUAAUCCAACUUUUGUAACGAAUGCUCGUAUAAUAUACACAGAAUGAAAAGUAGUGAAAAAAAUCAGAUUCUCAUUUGUAAUUUGAAUAAAUCAUAAUAGAAAUUGAACAAUUUUUCCAAUGUUAAUAAAUAUGCUUGUGUUUUUAUAUAAAGUAUUGGAAAUAAUUUAUUAAUUAUAUUGAUUUCUCGAGGUUUUUUUUUUUAUUUAGGAAAAACGCUAUGAGGAAGCCUGUGCAAAAUUUCUUGGGGCCAUGCAGGUGGUGGGAUACAAGGCAGACUUGUCUUACAACAUAGCAUUGUGUCACUACAUGCUCAAACAGUAUGCACCCGCACUCAAGCACAUAGCAGACAUCAUAGAGAGGGGGAUCAGGGAACAUCCAGGUAAUUGUGUGACCCAAGGUGUGGCCCUUGAAGGUUAUGUUGGUACUGCCAGGAGGGCUGAUGCUGUUUGGACUUUCAUUGUUGCCUUUUGUUUAUGUUCUCUUCCAACAAUUUCACUUGAUAGAGAUUCAUAAAAUAAUAUACAGUGAAGACAUUUAUUAAUUUGCAACAUGCCAGUAUGUUCUUUCAGUCUCACUUCAUUUCAAAAUGUUAAUGUCAAAGGUCAUCUUUUACUGUAACAUUUUAAUUUAUUUCUGUAAGUCUCCUGAGCUAAGAAGGAAAAUCAAUAUGAUGAAAUUAUUUUUAAAAAACACGAAUCUGAUUUAGCAAUUAAAUUCUUCUUAUCUGUCUUUUUAGUGUAAUAAUGUUGCUACUGAGGGAAUGCUAUAAAUAUGUACCAAAAUUUGAUGUCCGCAGAGCUGAGUGUUGGCAUGACGACUGAAGGGAUUGAUGUAAGAAGUGUGGGCAAUUCCAUGACACUGCAUGAGACUGCUCUAGUAGAAGCUUUCAAUCUGAAGGCAGCCAUGGAGUACCAACUGAAAAAUUGUGAGUGUCAUCUUCAUUGUAUUAGUUAAAGUUAACUUAUUCAGUAAAAAAAAAAAACCCACACAAGCUCAUGUGUCAAGUACUAAUUUCAUGUCAACAACUGUUUAAUUAUUAACUUUUGUUUAAAUUUAUGAACUUCUCUCUCUAUACAUAUAUAUAUAUAUAUGUCACUAACAUUUUAUUAUCAACUACUGCUGAAUUUAAAUAUUAACUUCUUUUUAUAUAGCUACUACUAUAUAUUCAGUCUGUUACAUUGGAAUUCACCAUGCGUUAGCAAAAAAUGUUACAUUGCACAAAUCUAUUCCAUUUGUAGAGGAAAGAGUUGCUGAGAAAUAGUAAUUCCUGUUAACAGCAAAAUUCACAUAAUUCAAUUUCCAAUAGAAUUUUUGCACCUUGUUCUCUGUAUGAUGUCCUGUAUUUAGAUGAGGCUUCCGUUGAGGCUCUGACAGACAUGCCUCCCAGGUCAGAAGAAGAACUCGAUGCUGUGACGCUGCACAACCAGGCCCUCAUGAACAUGGAGAACCUGCCUACACAAGGUUUCACCAAGAUGCAGUUUUUGUUACAACAAAAUCCCUUCCCACCAGAAACAUUUGGCAACCUUCUUCUUCUCUAUGUCAAAUAUGAAGUAUGUUUAAUGUUUUUUUAAUUGUUUAUGUGUGGUACAUAUGAAACUAAUCCUAGUACAAAAGAACAGUUAUAUCCAUUCCUUCCUAAUCUUUGUGAAAAUUUUGUAUAAAAGAAAUUUGUUAGAUGGAAAAUUGUUUAACGGAGCUUGUUAAAUGGAUAUUUAUUUUUAAAAUAUUUUUUAAGGGAAUGUGUGAGUGAGAAAGUGGGAAAAUGUAAACUUUUUAAAUAAAAUUGAUGUUUGUUGGUUUUGUCACAUUAUUUCAUUUUAAACAAACUUCCAUUUGAAAAAAUUACUGUUCAAACUUAUCCUUGUAUGUGAUAAAACAGUUACUGGUACAUAUAUUCAUUACUUUUAUGUGAUAAAACAGUUACCGGUACAUAUAUUCAUUAUUUGUAUGUGAUGAAACUUAUGUUUCAAUUUCCAAAAUCUUUUCCUACUGUUAUCACUCAUCACUACCUACCUAUCAUCACUACCUAUCACUCAUCACUACCUACCUAUCAUCACUACCUAUCACUCAUCACUACCUACCUAUCAUCACUACCUAUCACUCAUCACUACCUACCUAUCAUCACUACCUAUCUAAAAUAUAUUUUAUUUCAGAGUUUGAUUAUAAUUUGAUUAUGAAAAAUGAAACAAAUAAAUGUAUAUAUUCAAUUAUAAUUCUUAUCCAUAGUUCUAAACAUAGACUAAAUAAACACAUCAUUAACUUCCUAUAUCUGUAUAUGAUGUUUGCCAUGUCAGUUUUUAUGAUAUCUAUUGACCAUAAAAUCAUUUUUUUAAAAAAUCAACAGUACUUUGAUCUCGCUGCAGAUGUUCUUGCAGAAAAUGCACACCUGACUUACAAAUACCUUACACCAGUAAGUACAUCACACAAAAAACUGCAGUCACUAAAAAACCUGUUAAUAAGGACUGUUGAUAAUAGGCUCUGUAGCUUUGUACUAUACAUAUCAAUAUAACAUAGUUACAAUAUUUUUUUUUUUUUUCCUCUCCCCCCACAGUACAUGUAUGAUUUUCUUGAAGCUGUCAUUACAAGACAAACGUCACCCGAGGAAGCCUACAGAAAACUUGAUGAGAUGGCAACAAAACAAACUGAAACACUUCGGAAGCUGACAAAACAGGUGAACUGUCACGUUUCCCUUGAGUCCUAACUUACUUACCUUCCAUAACUGACCAAACAGGUGAACUGUCACAUUUCCGUUGAGUCCUAACUUACUUACCUUCCAUAACUAAUAAAAGUAUCAUGUCCAGCAAACAUCAAGUCAAAAAUUCUCUGAUAAAUGCGAGAGUUUUAAUGAGACCAUCAAAAUCAUGCAAAAGAAAUUCCUUACUUUCUGAUAUCAAUGAGUUGAACAUAUUUCAAUUGAACAGGUUCAAGAAUCACGACAAAACCAUGAUGAAGAGUCUGUGAAAAAAGCGGUCAAUGAGUAUGAUGAAGCUUUAGAAAGGUAUUUGUAAAUUAUUUAACUUGUCACUUGCCUCAUCUGUUAUAACUUUUGUCCACAAGCAAUCAUUAUAAACAUGAAUUUAUCAGGAAGGAAUUUUAACAAUAUCACGUUCAUGCAAACUUUAGCUUACUCUAUUUGUUUCUACUUUUCGUUAAAAAAAAAACAAAAGAAAUAACAAAAAUUGACUAGACAUUUGAAAUAGAUUUUUUUUCUCUUCUGUUCAGAUAUAUUCCAAUUUUAAUGCAACAAGCAAAAAUCUAUUGGGACAUGGAAAAUUAUCAACAAGUGGAGAAGAUCUUCCGCAAGUCAGUGGAGUUUUGUAAUGAGCAUGAUGCCUGGAAGCUGAAUGUGGCCCAUGUCUUGUUCAUGCAGGAGAACAAGUACAAAGAGGCUGCAGGUUUCUAUGAACCAAUAGUCAAGAAAAACUAUGAAAAUGUAGGAAACGUGUGAUGUAAUAUAGUAAUAUAAUAAUAAAUUUAAAAAAUCCAGAUUUUUUCUUCUAAAAUAGAGAUCAUGCCUCUGUUACUCUGACUACUUUCCUAUAAAAUAGAUUUUAGACCUCUCUGUUACUCUGACUACUUUCCUAUAAAAUAGAUUUCAUACCUCUGUUACUCUGACUACUUUCCAUUAAAGUAGAGAACACUUCUGAUACUCUGAAUUAUAAUCCUCUGUAUAAUUUAAUCAUUUGUUAACACCGUGUGAAUAUUAAUAGGAGAAGGCAUAGAAGCUCCUGUCAUGUUUAUUCUUCUGAUUCUGAGUCUCUGAAAUGUUUUCUUGUAAAAUUGUAACUAUAAAUUUUUGUUGUACUCCUGAUCUUCCAGCUUUUGAGUGUCAGUGCUAUUGUGUUGGCCAACCUUUGUGUGUCGUACAUUAUGACCAGUCAAAAUGAAGAGGUAAGCAUGACCUACAAUUUAUUCACGAAAUGAAUUUCUUAGCUGGAUAGUUUAAGUUUAAGUCAAAUAGUUGUUUUUUUUACCAGUCAUUCUAGAGAUGAACCAUGCGUGUUUGUCAUCUUAUAGGAUUAAUUGUACUUCCAGGCAGAAGAGCUGAUGAGAAAAAUUGAGAAGGAAGAGGAGCAAGUGGCCUAUGAGGACCCUGAUAAAAAAAUCUACCACCUGUGUAUAGUCAACUUGGUCAUAGGGUAGGUCAUGGGUCAUUCAUUGGGCGGGUAACGUGUCAUAAGGUAGGUCAUGGGUCAUAGGGUAGGUCAUGAUCUGGGUGUUUUGAGGAUGAGACUCUACUUGCAGAAUUUUUGUCAAAUUAAACAAUGCAUGCAAUGAUGAAGGUGCAGUGUGUGUGGUUUUCAUAAUCCUACUGUCUGUACUCUAUCUGGUUUCUUUUCAUAACAUUUUCCAUCUGUGUUAUAACACAACUCUUUACACCGCAAUAUGCCUUAGUCAGGAUUGGCCAACCCUUUUAAGUUCGCCUGCCGAAUCUUGAUGUCAAAGGUGCUCAUGAGCUAAACCAAACACAUUUUUGUGCCCAUACGAAUAGUUCUGUAACCUUUUCAAAUUAUCAAAGUCACGCAGUAAAAGUCAGGGAGUGUUGGUUGAAAAAGUGUGUAUUGUUGAUGUUGUGAGAUGAAUUGAAUGUAAAAUUAAAGAUUAUAUUUCCUUGUUUAUAGUGUGGCUAUACCUUCAUGCUUCACUCUAGCUGCCAUACACUAUGCAAAAACUUUUUUUAAAAAGAGAAAAGGAUAAAUCAAAUAAUUUUUUUAAUUUAAUUUUAAAAUUAUUUUUUAUCAGCCUUAAGUUUUUCAAUUCCUAAAUCUUUAGUAACAUAAUUGAUCACAUAAUAUUUAUUAAGGUUCAAGGAAAUAAAAAUAAUCAAAUUACAAGUUUUCAUUGGUUUAAUCUUUGCAUUGAUAACAACCUAAAGAAGAAGUUGAAUGGAUGUACAAUUUUUUAAUGAAAGCUGGGGGUGAAAAAAUUUAACUGUGGCGCCUCAUUUUGUGUGAUGGGUUACUGAUUGCCCAUCUAAGUCUAUUGUAAAUAAAAAUUAAGAAAUGGGAUAUUUCAGUGGAGCAAUCUUCAAUGUAACUGUUUCUAAAUGGAGGUGCUGUGAAUGGAAGUCUGUAACUCGCCAUGACAUACUGAGUGCUGAAUUGUUGUCUUUAUAUCCGUUUGUCUGCAGGACCUUGUAUUGCGCCAAGGGGAACUACGAGUUUGGUAUCUCAAGGGUCAUCAAGAGUUUAGAGCCCUACAAUAAGAAACUGGGCACCGACACGUGGUUCUAUGCAAAGUGCUGUUUCCUUUCAUUGAUAGAAAACAUGAGCAAACACAUGAUCAUGAUACGAGACUCUGUCAUCAAUGAAUGUAUCCAGUUCUUGGAGUGCUGUGAACGUGAGUCGGCUUUUAAACAUUGCAGGCUUCACUUCUGUAAACAUGACAGGCACUUGUUUUUAUUUUCUCAUUGAUUUUUCAGCUAUGCUCACUCAUUAUUUUACAUCAAUUCUGUGACAUUCCCAUAAGACAUAAUUUAAGUUUUGCCCCCCCCCCCCCCCCCCCUUUCUCUUCUUUCAAAUUGUGUUAAUAGAACUUCCUAUAUCUUAAAUUGUGUAUCACCUGUGUCAUGAUUUGGUGCUUAUCAUCUGUAUCAUGAUUUGGUGUGUAUCAUGAUUUGGUGUGUAUCUGUGUCAUGAUUUGGUUUGUUUUUUUAUUCUUAUCAGUGUAUGGAAAGGCAGUGAAAGCAGUUAUUGAACAACCACUGGAAGAAGAGCCCAUGCAUCCUGGAAGGAACACAGUGGCUUAUGAGGCACGUCAGCUCAAGUCACUUCUGCUACAGCUAAACUAAUCAUCUGCAGCUAGUUGAUCAAGGAUUCAUAUUUCUGUCAUGUAUGAAGGGGCUCAUAUUUUUUAUGGCUGAAACAUUGUUUCCAAGUCAAGACCUAAGGGGUUAAAGAUCUUAGUCAUAUUAGCCAGCUGGUCCAGCUGUCCAGUUUAUAAAAUUUAUUAUAUUUUAUAAUUUGCUUGUGACAACCGAAAGUGAUUUUACAAUCAAACCUUGAGUUUGGAAUUUGCAUUGUCACUCACUGAUUGAUGUAUGGAACAUGGAGGCUAAAAAUAUAUCAAUUUGUUUUCAUUUUGUUGUUGAUCCACUUUAAAAAAAUUCAUUCCACAUUUUUAUUUAUUUAAGACAGAACUCAGUUUAAAUUAUUAUUUACUUAAACAAUAAAUCUGGGAUACAACUGUCAAAUAAAUACCGUGAAAUCCAUAUUAAUUUCACUCAAUAAUUUUUUGGUCAAAUUUUUUUUCCAUUGAAGACUUGAUCCAGCUUAUUGUAAAUAUACAAGUACUUUAUUUUUUAAGAAUUUUUUUUUUUUUUUACACAUACAAAUCCGUCCAUUUCAAAACCAAUGUAGAAAAAAGUGUCAAAUAAAAUACUGUGAUAAGUUAUUCUGUCUUACUUUAAGUUUAAGCAUCUCUCUUUAUAAAAAAAUUAUUGCUAUUGAAUGCUAUUGUUAUUUGUUUUGGUUUUACAGUUACAAUUCUUUGUUACUACAUUUUCAUGAAUAAUGAAAGUAUAAAUAGUUGAAGGCAGUGUAGUAAAAAUAUGAAUGGGUAAUCUCUUUGUAUCUUUGGCACACAAUUUACACACUUGUUUUCAUGCAGUUGUUAGAAAAAUGUAUGCUUAAAGACUAUGGUGUAACAUGGGUUGCAAUCAGCUGGAAGGCACACAUUA